ACUUGACGUCGUAAGCAGCGAGCAGUCAUCAACAGGUUUUUUACUCGUGAAGACGUGUCCAUCAGCGGAGUCAGAACGAAAGCACAGAAAGCGAGAAUAACGGUGUCUUUAGUCGGUGAUCGUCCAAGACAGCAAACGAGUGACUUGUGCGAGCGUAUAGAACAGUUUUUAUUUCGGUGAAAAUGAAGAAAAUCGUGCUUUUAUUCGCAAUGGUUCUAAUGGAGGCUAGAACCGAAGAAAGUCUCUUCGAGCAGGAUCUAGGCGAUCAGUUCAAAAUUGACGCCUCAACGAAAGGACUACAGAAGGUGAAUCUACGGUGCGGCGCCGAUUCGAUGCGUAUCGAAUUGAAGACAGAAGAGGAUUUCACCGGUGUUAUGUACACACGUGGUAGCUUUUACAAGCAGGCUGAACCAUGUUUCGUGAAACCAAAACGAGCUGGCAAAUCGCUGGAGAUGAAAUUCAACCUGGAUCAGUGUCAGACCAUCAACCACGAUGAUGUGUACUCCAAUAUCGUCGUAGUGCAACAUGACCCUGACCUCGUCACCCCCGGAGAUGCUGCCUUCGCUGUUGAAUGUGAUUUCCGAAAACCACGAGGAGUUACCGUCACUUCACAGUUCCAAGCGAGGGAUAGCACAACACCUACAUCGAGAAUUACACUGACAAGCCCCGAUCCGUCGGCACCCACGCAAGAUCAUAACGAUCUCAACUCGGUUUUCAGUGAUACAGACACGGUCACUUUCAUUCCGAGCCACUUCACGAACCAAAGCGCCGAAGAAAAGCGAGUGAAGGGCUCGGUUGAAACGGUUGAGGUUUCCUCCAACAGGAUCUCUGAUGAACUCUAAAUACGUUUUGGGCAUGGAAUACUAUUUAAACACUUAUCUAUUUAAUGUACUACUCACAACCAUACUGAUUGAACUUGUCUUCUUUCUUGUGUUUUCAGGCCAGUAUUGGAGAAAGUAAACGCUACUCCUUCCUAUAACUGAACGAUCGCAUUAACUAUUAAUUCCGUAGAUUGCCAAACAGGACUGAUUACAACAAUUUUACUGUAAGACUUUGAAAAGACUAUAUUUUCGACUACUAACCGAACUAACAGGAAUUAAUUACCAACAGCAUGCCACUGGUAGACAGUAGAGUUUAGCAUUUUAGGAAACUAUGUAGAAGUUAUACGAAUGCAGAUUAUCACUGUUAUAAGUGAGCAUUGAAUGAAUUCUGAAUGAUUGCAGUCGAGUGAAUGAGUGGUAGCAUUAGAAAACCAAUAAAGGGAUCAAAAUCAA